AGGGGUGUACACACAUGAUCCGUUGAUAGAGGUAGCUAGUUCUCUUGUGUAAAUCAGUUGUGCGCUGACUUCUAUUUUAUAUUUUGGGGGUGUGGGGGAAGAAUGAAAGAGGUCUUCCACCAAAACGGACGAAAUCAUGAACGGCGCCGUAUACAUUUCGUUUUUUCAAGGUCAGCUGGAAUCUGCACUAGAGCAAGUAGUGCAACUCGCAGUCCAGGAAAUAACCAAGACUGUUGGGUCAAGCUUGAGUUCUGUGUUAAUGAAAACGGCCGUCAAAGAACAAGAAAACCAACGACUUAAGUUAAAGCUUCAAUCACUGAAGUUUGAAUGUAAUGGGGUAGAAAAUGGAGCCGCGUUCAACGGUGGCAUGGAAGACAACGCGGCCACGGAUCGAACAAAGCCCGAGACACACACCCCCAGCCACGGCACAGAGCGCGGCGUGCACGCAAACACUCAAAGACUGGAUCAAAAAGGACGAGUAGUGGGUCAGCUAAAGAUGGUCAUGGAGCAUGUGCUGGAGUUUGCUGUGUGUGAGCUGACCAAAAUCGUGGAGGCCAGUUUCGACGACCUGCUCCUGGAGAUGACCAAGAAAGAGCGGGAGCACAGCGCUCUGGAGGAGCAGUUACGCCGUGUGGCUCACCAGGAGAACGGGAAGGGUGGAGUGUCGAGGAGGUGUGGGUCGGAAAGCAACACAGCAUUUCCCAGCGGCUCAGAGGACACUAGGCAGGAAUCCAGAAACGUCACAGUCAAAAUUGUCCGGGGACCAAGGGAGCAAACGGAGACAACAAAUGACAGUGACAAGCAGGCUGUCCUGACCGUAGCCCAGGACUGGGUCCCCAUCCUGGACAAGGUGUUUGGGCAGAAGUGGUGCAGCGACCUGUGGCAAAUCAAAGAGCUGGCUUCAGGGAAGGGGAGUGAGGAGAGGACUGGGGGAUCUGGGCUGGGGAUUGUGGGCUCCUUCCCCAGUCUGAACGCCCUGAUCCGUGAGAACCUGGAGCCCACCCCCACCAUCCCCCUGCAAGACCCCCAGUGGAUGCCUCUGGAGGACAUGGAGGUCCUCUCCUCGACCUUGGACACUCCGCAGGACCCUCCUGCUUCCAUAAGCACCACAGCCACAGUUGAGGAGUCCCUCAGGUCUCCGUCGAUGCUUCACCGGCUCCUCACACUCCCCGCUCAGCUCCUAGAGGAAGACGAGAACACCAUGGAAACCAUCCCCCUGCUCUCCGACGCGUCACCUGGCAGAGCAGCUGUGCGCCGGCAAAACACAGAAUCGCCUAACCAGAGCUGCCCAUCUCCUCCCAAGAAAAAGUUUGCGGUUUCACAGGAGGAGGAGGAAGAUGAAGAGGACGAAGAGAAGGAAGACAAAGGGACAAUGACGCUGGACUCAAAUGUGAAGACCGUGCCACUCAAAGGCAGGAAGGGUUACGAGUGUAAAGAAUGCGGCAAGAAGUUCAGCCGAGCGCCGCUCCUGAAAGCUCACCAGCAGACUCAUAUCAGCACAGCACUGGCGACGACGACAGCAAUCUGCUGUUCCGAGUGCGGGAAACACUUCUCCCGGGCAUCCCGGCUACAGGCGCACCUACGAACACACACUGGGAAAAAGUCUUGAGCAGAUAGAAAAGGGAAUUGGAAGAUUAAAGCAAAAAAAAAAAAGAGAAUUUGGAAUCAAAGUCGAUCUUCAGUCCAUAUCUCUCAUAUAGCCAUAUCAGUAGCAGGAGGGUCAUCGGUACUCGAGUUCAUACAUUUGAGUUCACUUUUAAGUACCGUAAGUCAGGAUUCGGGGGCAUUUUUCCAGGUACAGUUUUGCUGACUGCUGUUUCUUAAUUGUUACCACCAUUUUGAUUUCUUACAUGUGGCGACAAGGUAAAUACUUUGUAAUGAUUUGGGAUUGGAUCUCGCUGGUAGUUGUGUUUAGUAUGUUUCGCCAUUGUACAUUCUCUAUAGCAUGGGACAGUGGCGCUCACAACAAAACAACGAAGUUAAAUUUUUAAGUGAUCUUUUUACUUUUCUCAAUAUACUUUUCUACGUUUUUGGAAUAUCAAACUGGUCUCUUUGUGCUUUUAUUAUUUCACAUCAAGUGGACUGCAACUUCAAUGAACAUUACACUGAUGUGAGAAUUGUAUCUUUCAGUGGCAGAAGCGUUGUCUCAUCUUCUUCCCAGUGCUACAAGCAGUGACUCGAUUUCAAAGGGCGUAUGUGCCCAAGGUAAAGGGGGAGAGCAACAGACUGCUGGAGUCAAUAGCAGAGGUAAUACCUUUGUUUUGCUUACCUCUGAAUGUGGAAAGAACCUGGUAUUUCUCUUUACCUUCUUCAUGCAAUUUACUAUUUACAGUCCUCACUUGACAGUAUUUUAAUUUUUUCACUCAACAUAAAUACCUCCUUUAAACAGUCAAAUAAUACGUUUGACAAAGGUAUUGUUACAUUGGUAGCCCUUGUUGUUUUUAUAAAGAACCACAUAUUCAGAACAUCGUGCAAUUUACUCCUGAAUCACAAGUCUAUAGACCUCUAGUUGAUGACUAGCACAAGCUAGCCCUCUUGGGUUUUUCUACAUCCUAUCCAUGUCUGCCCUAGGACCAUUCCUGACACAAGUCUACGAAGAUAAAGUGGGGGAAAGAAUGGGAAUCUCACCCUCCUGCUGAUUGUGCAGGCUGGGUUUAAGUGUCAUGGGAAGUAGAGAAAUACCACAUUGAUGAAACACACUUUUUGGUUUGUUUUAUGUCUUGUUUGACCUCCGGAUGAGUCAUGGAUGUGGAGCAUCUGAUUUGACAUCAGGAAUAUUGUUUCUGCUCAUAUCACCAUGCCUAACAGAAUACUUUGUUGGAACAUAAAAUAUUGAAGGGAGGGGCAUUUUAAUAAGGGAUGGGUGGGGGGGGGGGGUUGAGGGGCAGGGUUGUAUAGAUGAGACAUACUGGUGUUUGCAGGUUUGCUCUUUACUUUUCUACAGAUAUCUUGGGAAGCAAACACUGUUUAAGCCCCUCUGCCAGAUUCCUUAAGUAUCGUAGCGUCUUCCCAUUUUGAUUGUGCUUUGUCUCUUGUAGAUGCGCCCGCAGCUUGUAGUGAUGAGUGCUUUUUUGCGGUCGGUUUGGUUUCGGUUCGUUUAAAAAUAAAGAACAUUAAAUGCAUUGUGGGUUGAAUGCUGUAACACCAGAAUAAAACAAUUAAAGUCACAUGAUACUGCUUAUCACUUAUUAAAUUUAUUUACAUGACUUUAGUUUAAUAAAAUAUUUAAGUUGUGUAUAUCAUUUGUUUUAUUUGAUGGCUUUAUUUAAUUCCAAGUCAUCUCAAAUCUCUAGAGCUCUGACAAUUACUAUUUUAGUAGUUCUUCAAAGUAAAUAACGCAUACUUUUAUGACUGCUGAAUACCAACUAUCAAUGACUUUGAUCAUGUAUUUUCAGGUAGAGAUAUCUCGUGAAGCAACUGCUCUCUCUCGCGCUUGAUCGCACAUUCUCUCUCUCUGCCCCCACACUAACCUAACAUAGCGAAAAACACAGGCGGGACAAGUAGGCAGGCAAUGGAUUAUGGUCAUAAAUUAAUUACCACAAAUUCCGUGCCAAACAAUGUAUUUUGGCCUGUUGUAAACUGCAACUCCCUAUUAUAUCGCACAGUUUAGGCUUGAUAUGAUUUAUCUUUAGAGAAACGUUGCAAUGUGCACAUUGAGCUGACAGUAAAAAAAACAAAAUGGAAUUCAAAAUUUUACAAUCGGUCAAUUAGUUGUUUAGUAACUGAAAUGAUGGUUAAUCACUCGGCACAAAGCAUGAAUGUAAUAGCAAGUAAUACUUUGUACCAUUGAGACCAUGGUAAUGUUACAUAUUCAUGGCGAAGCCAGUAAUUUAUCGUUGAAGAUGAACAUGCACUUCAAACUACAAUCGAUGAAAAGAAAUACUAAUCUCUUCCAUAAUCCACUGGAUUUGUUUUGUCUUCCUCGGGGAAGGUUAUUUCUGUGGCUCUUUUCACAUGUUCAUACUAUACAAUGUAUGGAGAGAAUUUCCCUCCUUGACUUCAGGGUUGUAACCAAUGUGCAAAUUGAUGAUUUUAAAGUGUUUAAGACUGGUCUCUAAUGCAAAAGAGCAUUAUUGGCAAAAGAGCUGAACUGAUUAUUGGAAAAUAUAAUUGGCCUGCCUAUGUAAACACAGCCUAAGACUGAAACAUUGUAGAAACCUUUAAAGGCUUUAAGUGGUCGAAAAUGUAUGUUGCUGAUUGUAUCUGCAGCCAGUGCUGCACACUUGCUAUUGAUGAUUUGCCUAUCUAGAACUGACAUAGUGCACUUCAUUCCCACUAAAAGCAGUGUACAUUACCACUCAAAACACGUUUGUGCUCCGCAGUAAGCUAACCUUGAACAGUGCCGAAUUGCAAAUCUCAAGUGGAUUGGUGUGACGCAUCAGUAUUUAAGCCUUUGUUUUGUCUGAACUCCAUUCAUUGGAACUGUAAACUUGACAUCGGCUUUGUUUUACUUUUCAAUGUUAGCCAUACCUCGACCCCGUCUUUCUCCUAUCUAGCACUUUGCUCUCGCAUUGAUGUUGUCUCCUCAUGCCCGCUAAGUGUAAUCAAGACUUAACACACCUCUUGAAAGAGUUGUGACGACUGUUCAUAUGCCUCAGUUGUUUUUGCUAAUGAAUUACCCAACCACUUUUCUUCAAAUGCCUACUCUGACACGUGUUCUUCUAAUUUAUAGAGCUUUUAUUUUUGCUGUAACUUUACAAGACCUCCAUACCUCAUUUUGAAUAUCAGAAGAGUAAACACAGCAAAUGGGUUAUUUGAAACACCAUUACCUCAUUAUUACAAUACUAUCACAAAUAUUAAUUUGUCUGCAUGACAGUAGAAGUGUUUCAUUGGCGUUAACUAGCACAACCCUAAGGAUUCCUACAAAAACAGUUCACUAUUAAGCCAUGUUCUCUUCCUUUGUCACAUGGGCAUACAGGUAACUGCCACAAUAAUGGAAACACUUGAGUAUGAGGGAUACAAAGUAUGUUGAAAGCAGGUAAUUCACAACACAUCAUGCUUAGGGUCAUGUAUAAAAAUGCUGGGCAGGCCAUUAUUUUGGUUACCAUGGUUGUGCCCCCAUAGGAUGACAAUUCCCCAUCCACAGGGCAUGAGUGGUCACUGAAUGUUUUGAAGAGCAUGAAAAUGUAGACCAUAUGCCAUGGCUGUCUGUCACCAGAUCAACCCAAUUGGACAUUUAUUUCUCAUGGGAGAAUGGUGUCUCAUCCCCCUGAUAGAGUUCCAGACACUUGUAGAAUCUAUGCCAAGGUGCAUUGAAGCUGUUCUGGGUCGUGGUGGCCCAACACCCUAUUAAAGACGUUUUCUUUAUUUUGGCGGUUAACUGUUUGUAAGGUUGCAAACAUUGAUGUAACUAAAUAACAUUUGUGUGGGUCCCCUGGCAACGAUGGCUCACUGCAGAAAUGUAGGACAUUUAAUAUCACAUGUCACAGAGGCAACUAUUAUCCUUAUGCACGUAACAGAGGGAUAUAGUUAUAACAUACGAAGAGCAUGCACACAGAUUUGUCGUCAUUAAAAGUGCAUUCAAUCGAGCUUUGCAUUAUUGUAAAGAAAUCUUGUGUGUCUGCUUCUAGACAUUUUAUUUAGGCUAUUUCCUGAAAAGUGGUUGAAUGGUCCCCUUUUAGAAGUAAUAUAAACUGAGUAAAGCCUCAUCCUCAUUUGAACCAAAUGUGAAGGAGGUGCAAAAUUGUGAUGCAACAUUUUUGAAAGAUGGAAUUAAAUGGAGUAGACAUCGUUUUUUUUUAGAAUUCAUGAUUUGUGUUUUUCUUAAGUAUUAUAAUUAUGUUUAAUCCAGGGAACAUGUGCAGAUUUCAAAUUGAUAUCCAAAUUAAACAAUUAUUUCAAAUAAGGAUUUUAUUUUAUGUUCCGUUUUGACAUUGUAAAAUUGUUUUAGUUUUUUCACUCUUAUAUUCUGAUGUGAUCGAUUGUAGGACAUACAGAUGUAAGAUUAAUAUGAGCCAGUUUGCAGAAACAGGAAAUUAGAAUGUGGAUUAUAAAGAAAUAAAUUUUUGUAGGGGUUGAUUUUAUUUUUCGUAAGGGAAAAUCAAGUAAAAUUUUAAAGUUUAAAUUAAACUUCAGAAGCCUUUUUACAUGUUUGAAAUGUCCUGUAUUGCAAUAAAGUUCUGCAACAGGGUGCUCAAAUGAAGAUUCUACAUCUGUAUUCCCUUUAAUUCAGCAUGCUGAAACUAGAUUUUGCCAAAUUGUUGAGUAGUUUGGUUUCUGUAUUUCUUAAAAACAAGAGAGCACUUAUGAAAUGCUAUUCAUGCCAAGUCAACUCUGCCAAGAUAAUAUAAUUAUGUAGGCAAUGGGACGUUGUGUUAUCCAGUGGGGCAAAAAAGUAGUCAGCCAGCCACCAAUUGUGCAAAAUUCAACUCGUCAUGUUUGGAGGACAAAGAAUGCUGAGUUGCAACCAAAGAACACCAUACCUACUGUGAAGCAUGGGGGUGGAAACAUGGGACCAGGACGACUGAUCCGUGUAAAGGAAAGAAUGAAUAGGGCCAUGUAUCGUGAGAUUGAGUGAAAACCUCCUUCCAUCAGCAAGGGCAUUGAAGAUGAAACGUGGCUGGGUCUUUCAGCAUGACAAUGAUCCCUAACACACUGCCCGGGCAACGAAGGAGUGGCUUCGGAAGAAGCAUUUCAAGGUCUUAGUGGCCUAGUCAGUCUCCAGAUCUCAACCCCAUAAAUCUUUGGUCCGUGUUGCCCAGCAAUAGCCCCAAAACAUCACUGCUCUAGAGAUCUGCAUGGAGGAAUGGGCCAAAAUACCAGCAACAGUGUGUGAACCUUGAAGACUUACAGAAAACGUUUGACCUCUCAUUGCCAAAGGGUAUAUAAAAGUAUUGAGAAACUUGUUAUUGACCAAAUACUUAUUUUCCACCAUAAUUUGCAAAUAAAUUCAUACAAUGUGA